AUCCAUUAUCGAUUGUUUUCUCAUUUCGGCCUACCGUGGGGUGACGCACAGUGAUCGUCCAGAUAUUUUAACAGCUAUUAUUCGUGAAUUCGUGUGAAAACUCUACAGACAUUGGAUUCUAUACUAUUUAACAAUUAAUAAACGUACGUUACAUAUCUUUUACUGACUACAUUGCCGGCUCUGCAAAUUGUUUCGUAUACAAAAAGUGUUCUACUGGCAAAAUGGAGAUAACUAAACCAAAGACAAAACAAGCCACCAAAAUGAACGAAUUCGCCUUCACCGGCGGGUUUUUAAACAGCAAGUCAUUUUUCAUCAUGUCAAUAAGUGCCCAAUCGUUCAUUAUGAUACUCGUCACGAUCUCCAUUGUUUGUAAAAACCGUGGGAUACAGAUAAAAUAUGAAGAUUUUUUCCAAAUUAAUAUGAGAAAUGGAUGUAUUCAGAUCGGACUCUUAAUGGUCUACGUCAUCUUUACCAUGUUUGUACGAAGAUAUAUUGAAGGAUCUGAUAAAAAAGAAGAAGAAGAAGAAGUAGAAGAAGAAGAAGAAGAAGAAGAAGAAGAAGAAGAAGAAGAAGAAGAAGAAGAAGAAGAAGAAAAAGAACAAGAAGAGCCAUAUUAAUAACUCCUAUCAACUUAAUGCCUGACGAGCCCAUAGUUGGGUUCGAAAUAGUAUCAAUAUAAAUGAUAAUAAAGCUUAUUCUAUAUUAGAAAUUUGAUUAAUUCAACCUACAACGCUAGUUUUCUUAUAAUAAAUUCUCAUAACUCGCCGAUUACAUUUUUAACUAUCACUUAACGUAAUAAUUAUCAUAUUAAUAAACCCUUGUAAGGUAAUGUACCUGACGUAUAAAUUGAAAAUUUUUAACCUUUACGGUUUUUCUUAUAAAAACAUAAAUGCUGUUUUUACGUUAAAUUAAUUACUGACCCAUCUAUCUUUUUUCUGAUGACAGUAAUUGUGAAUAUCGAGAUGUCAAAGAACUGUGCUUAUUCAUUUUAAAAACUAAAAAAAAAAUUGCUCGCAAGUUUGAACAUAAUUAUUCUACAUUCUAUACUCAUAUCAUUAUAUAGCAUUUAUUAACAAUUAGCAAUUAUAUAAAUGUUGCAUUAUUAUUAAUUAACAGUUAUACAGUCUUUAUUACAUCCAAAUAAUAAUUAUAUUAGUAAAAAAAUGUAGUGACUAGUUUUAGAAAAUUAAGUAAAACUAUAAAAUAAUAAUUAAUUUGAAUAAAACAAUAAAUUAUAACAUUUUUUUUGUAUUUUUCCGUUUAUACCUACUUUCUUUGUUUCAAAAUUAAAAGAAAACGGCCGGACAUGAAAAACGAUUAUUGUAAUAAUUAGUUUUACUUAUAUAUUAUAAUAUAAGUUCUCAUAAAAUAAUAUCCAGCAAAAUUUAAUUUAAAAUAAUCGAUUUUAAUGAUAUACAGCAAAUAUUAAAAUUUAAAAUACAUCAUUUAUUAUUUACUAGAAUUGUAUUAACCAUACCGAGUUCCGGUUAAAUAGGUAUAACCGCUGUAUAACUUAUACAUUUGAUUGUAAAAAGAAAUAUUUUGUAGAAUACAUUUUUUUUUUAUAAAUUAUAUGUUACAUAUCUUAAAAAGUACAUUUUUAACUAUCCCUCAAUGUAAUAUAAUUAUAUUAAUAACCUCAUGUAAGAUAACUGGCGUGUUAAUUGCAAAUUUUUAAUUUAUGAAUUUUCUAAUAAAAAAACAAAUGCUGUUUUUACGUUAAAUUAAUCAUUCCGACAAAUGAUAAUCGCCCUAUUAUAUACCUCUGA